AUAAACUACAAGUAUUCUCUCCGUCCUCGCGAGUCUCCUCUCCUGUGAACUUUCGGCGAAGUCCAUCCAAGCCUCCAAGGUCUUACCGUCUUUCUCCUCGCGUCAUUCCUUCCUCACUGAAGUUCCUUGCACUUUUCAGUUUUAAUGUAUCUUCGGGGACUAGCUCAAUCAUUUCCUCAAUCAAGGAGGAUGUUUUGUAGUAGCAGGAACAACAAUGAUCUUACAGGCGCCAUAGCAGAGCUCAAUAAGGAAAUGGAAUCCAUUUUUGGUGAACCUCCUUCAAGUGGGCUUGCCGGUUCUGUAAGUAAUGACUGUGUGGCACAAGAAUCCCACUUUGAUUCUCAAGGCCUUGCCAAAUCUCUCAGUGAUGAGUCUGUGUCUCGAGAUUCCGAAUGUAUGUCUCACAAGACAAAUCAAAACGGGACUGGUCUGAGCCAUAUUGGUCAUAGUGGGGAAGCCCAAAUGGUGGAUGUCUCUCCCAAAGAAAGUAGUAAGAGAACUGCCAUUGCUAGCUGCAGGGUAAUCCUGGGCAAGAAGGUCUUUGAAAUGGUUGCAGCCAACCAGAUGGGUAAGGGAGAUGUACUUACUGUGGCAAAAAUUGCAGGAAUAAGUGGUGCAAAGCACACAAGCAGCCUCAUACCCCUCUGCCACAAUAUCACUCUGAGUCAUGUUCGUGUUGAUCUAAGGUUGAAUCCAAAGAAUUUGAGUGUGGAUAUUGAAGGAGAAGCUGUAUCAACAGGUAAAACUGGGGUAGAGAUGGAAGCAAUGACGGCUGUGACAGUUGCUGGCCUCACAGUGUAUGAUAUGUGCAAAGCUGCUUCAAAGCAUAUCCAGAUCACAGAUGUGCAACUUGAAUCUAAAACUGGUGGGAAAAGUGGAGAGUGGUCCAGGCACAAGUAGUGUGUGAUCAGAAGAACAACAUAAUGCAAGUCACUAACAAACCUAUAGAUUUAUCAUGUGCAGGAAGGAUCGAAAAGUAGACAGGACUCACGAGGAAGGACCACCAUUGCUGCAUGAAAGGUGUGAAUUGUGAAAUAUCUUAGGCUCUCACCAGUGUUAUCUAUAGUCAGUCAUCAAUGUGAAGAUAAGAUUGUCAUAUGUAGGAGUCAAAUGCAGGCUUUAGAGAUUCUGUGAUCUGAUGAACAUGCUUUUAAAUAAUUAAGAAUGUUAUCAACCAAUAUAUGUUGGAACUUA